AUGAUGGAAGAAUCCGACUCUAAUAUCUGGGACUCACGUUUCGACGAUGGCACCGUCACGAUACCUGUCGUGGCAGCCGGGUCUGUAUCCAGAGCUAGCACUGAAGCGGGCGACCUCUUGCGGGAUGUCAUGAUGAUUGUUAGAAACGGACUACCCCAUGUCGCCCACGAGUUCCUGAGAUUCGACAGUCAUCUGGGCCAGGGAACCAGCUUCGAAGUCAGCAAGGAGAUCUACAGCAAUCCGAUCGGAGAGCAGCCUCACUUUGUCGCGGUGAAACGUCUCGUCAUGAGGCAUGAGACCGACGCCCUAGAGGAGUCUGCGAGGGAGUUGAGGGCAGAGUCUAGACGACUGGUAAACGUCAAAAGAGAGGUGCGCGUGCUCACCCACCCCAAGCUCCGAGCCCACCCUUGCCUCGUGUAUGCUAUCGGCUGGGGGUGGACUCCCAACACGGGUGGUAGCAAGAGGCCUUACUUGGUGAUGAGCUACUCUAUGAAUGGCACUCUGAGCCAUUUUGCCCAACACAGGAGCCUCAACCUCAUCGAGAGACGGUUGCUCGCUCUUGAUGUGGCCAUGGGCAUCCGCGCACUCCACGAUUGCAACAUCGUCCAUGGAGAUGUCAAGCCGGACAAUGUCCUCGUCUAUGACUACAGUACAAGGCUUGAGGAGCAUGAGCGCCACUACCAGGCAAAGCUUGCCGACUUUGGGUCUGCCUUGUUCCAAGAGGAUCCAAGUCACGAACAAGCCACUUAUCUCGGUACCCCAAAGUACAACGCUCCCGAGAUCCGUGGCUUGCAGAAAGACCAAGAUGAGGAUAAGCAUGAUGGCUUGAUUCCUCUUUUCCAACGGUUCAAAGCUGCAGAUUGCUACUCGUUUAGUCUUUUGCUCUGGGAAACCGUCAACCGUGGUAAAUCCUUUACCGAGACAGAGAAUCCCCUCGAAGAACUUGAAGACAUGUUUUGGGACAAAGAAAACGCAAUCUUGGAGAAGGCGACGAGUUUCUUCAACGGCUGGAAAACUACCUUUGAGGCGCUUGACAAGAAGGAAUCUGAGUCGAGGAUUGGAGUGUUCCCUUCGAAUCCAACUCGCUUGGAGAUGCAGGGGAUGUUGAAUGAGCGCCGUGCUCAUCUUGAUCCCAUUGAUGCACCGCCAGAUGAAGAGUCACUUGAAGUCUUGAAGAACACCGUCUCGCUAUGCCUACAGGAUAGCAUAUGGAACCGAGGCAACAUGCACCAGAUCGUUGAGGCUCUUGCCAAGGGAGUCAGCGACCUUCUUCCUCCAGGCGGAAGCACAACCCUGAAGGUUUUGCCUCGACCUCAAGAGGUCAAUGGUUCCAGCCCAUUCCUUAAACCCGGUUACGAGAAGAUCAGGAGCAUAACCCCCGACGAGGGCCCAUACGCUCGGCUCCUCCGCCUGGAAAAAACGUCUGAACAUCUCCGGGUGGUGCCAAUAGAUGCUCCCGCAGACCCUUCCCUGCAAGUUGCCAGGUUACCGCCAGUAAAGCGUGUAGGAACGUUGGUCUUAACACCCCAGACCCAUUGCUAUGGGCCAGAAGACAUGUUUAGUGCAUCUCUUAACAGGCAGCCGCCUUGGGAAAAUCAGUGCGCAGCAUUUGAGUUUCUACAGCACGCCAUCAAGACUGAGCAAGACGACGAAAGGAGAGCACAGGCUUACUUGCAAUUGGCCAUCAUGUACCUGAUUGGAUACGGAGUUGCCGACGACACUUCGAAAGCGCUGCAGCACCUUGAACUCGCCAGUGAGCACAACGAGGUUGCCAGAGUGAUCCUCGGGAGAGUUCGCGCGGCCCUGGAGCCUGAUGAAGACCAAGAACAUGACGCCGACGAGGGACCAGCCCAUAUCACCUACAGGAACCCAGACAUGUUCCUCGAUGGCGCCCUGGAGAGAAGUGACAAAGCAGAUGAGAAGUUCUUGACCCUCGGCCCUAUCAAGAUCCAGUCCUUCGAGAUCUUCUCCAGAUUGGUCAAAAAAGGGAAGAAGUAUGAGCCACCCGAGCUAUCCGACGCAUUCACAGACGCUUGCAGGGAUGGCCACUUGGACGCAGCAAUGCUCCUUGCUCAGCACUGUACAGACAUCUACACCAUCGACACGGAGAAACCCAACCCGUUCCAUUGGCUGAUCAUGUUUAGCCAAGAGGAUGCUAUCAAGGUGCUUGAGACAGUUGCAUCAUCACAGACGAAAGAGACGGAGAAGAAAUUUCACUUGAACUCCAUACGCUCUCUGUUGAACGCGGAACAUGAUAUGACGGUGUUGCUUCCCCACCGCUGUCUCGAGCUUCGAGGCACACCCCUGCAUUGGGCAAUCAUGGCAGGCUACAAGGACCUUGUGGAGGCAUAUCUCCGUCUUGGAGCUGAUGUCAACAAGAGAACAAAUUCACGAACAACCCAACAUCAGGAUGGCUACCGAGAACACCAUCCCAGUUUCAGUCCACUCGAUGUUGCAGCAGCCUGCCACUUUCCGGAGAUUGUCAAGCUGCUCCUCGAUCACGGAAGUGAGGUCUCUGGUGGAGACUUCCACUGGUCUUUUUCGCCUUUCCACAUGCUUGGUUAUCACACAUUCCCCUUUGCGAGGUAUAUGAGUCAUGGCAAGCAUAACCGGGCUGCUCUACGGGAGGCCAUCAAAGUCCUCCGUGAUGCGGGCGUGGAUAUCAAUGGACUCGACUCCGAGGGCGAGACACCGCUCUUAGUUGCGGUGAAGAACAUGGAUCUUGAGCCAUACAUCCUCGAGGAGUUACUUUCAGCCGGAGCCACGACUGGAAGUAUGGACGACGGUAAAGAAGGCAAUAUUGUCACCUCGGCUGUCAUGUGCUGUGGACAUCGACGAUUCUCGGCCUGGAAGAUCCCCCUGCUUCUACCGCUAGUCCGAGACAUCAACUCCUUCAGGUCAGGCCCGAGAAGUCUGACAGCCCUACAAUACUGUGCUUUCUUCGAUGCAGCCCGGGCUGCCGAGGAGUUACUUUGUUGGCCACAAACCAACAUUGAUGCAUUGAAUGCCUCUGGUGAUAUGACAGCCUUCUCUCUAGCCGGACAAAGAGGGUCUCUGGAGGUGCUGGCCCUGUUGGUUGAGAAUGGCGCCGACAUCGAGAAAGGAGAUGCAAUGGCUAGUGCCAUCUGCUUUGGAAAUAUCGAGGCAGUCAAGAUACUCCUCGACGCUGGGGCUAGCAAUCACUUCACCUUGACCACUGAUUCCGAGAUGACGAUCCUGAAGUAUGCGGUCUGCAGAGGUUCCGAAAGACCAUCCUACGUCAGGAAAUGCCUCGCGCUCUGCCCCCAGCUCCGCGAGAAAGACAUUAUAGAUGAACAAGACGAUAGUGGUUGGACUGCCCUGCAUAAAACCACAUAUUUCGGCGACGUUGACGGUGUCAAGGCCCUUCUCAAUGCCGGUGCGGACCCGACAAAGAUCUCCGCUGUCGACGAGACACCUCUUGACCUGGCAACCUUGACACUACGGGAGUUCACAGAUCCUGAGUCACGAGAGUUUAUCCGACAAAAUCAUCCGCGCAUCCGAAGAGAUAUUCACGCGUUGGAUGGAGCAGCAUAUGACUACCAUGACAGGGCCAAACGGAUCGAGAUGGGCAUGGUGGACCGCCUUGAUGAAGUGGUUGAGCUACUCCGAGAAGCGGAACUCAAACAGAAAGCGGGAGGAUCCGUUUCACGACCGAAGCGAAAGAUUGUUAGGGAGCCCAGGGUGGGACCGUUUGUAGACCCAGAGAUGCCGGACUGGUCGCGAGAUGAGUUCCUAGACCUGCUCUAUGCCGAUACAAAAAAUGUCGAGUAG